UUCCGCACCGGUGAAGGGAGGCGCAGUUUACGGGAAACCAGUGAACGUCGCACAGUGUUAGCAGGACUCUGGGCGGCUGUGAGCAGAGAGAUGCAGACUAUAAAGUGCGUGGUGGUGGGUGAUGGUGCAGUGGGAAAAACCUGCCUGCUCAUCUCUUAUACAACCAACAAGUUUCCCUCUGAAUAUGUCCCCACGGUGUUUGAUAACUAUGCUGUGACAGUGAUGAUCGGCGGGGAGCCGUACACUCUGGGACUGUUCGACACUGCAGGUCAGGAGGACUACGACAGACUGCGACCCCUCAGCUACCCUCAGACUGACGUCUUCCUCGUCUGUUUCUCCGUCGUCUCGCCUUCCUCCUUCGAAAACGUCAGAGAGAAGUGGGUGCCGGAGAUUUCACACCACUGCCCGCGGACGCCCUUCCUGCUGGUCGGGACUCAGGUGGACCUGAGAGACGACAGCAACACCCUGGAGAAACUGGCCAAGAACAAACAGCGAGCCCUGAGCUGCGAGAGCGGAGAGAAGCUGGCACGAGAGCUCAAGGCCGUCAAGUACGUGGAGUGUUCGGCUCUCACGCAGAGAGGACUGAAGAACGUGUUUGACGAGGCCAUCCUGGCUGCUCUGGAGCCUCCAGACACCAAACCCAAGAGGCGCUGCAUCCUGCUAUAGUCACCCCAGGAGGAAGAGCAAGAUGAGGAGAAGGUGGAUGGGAAAGAGAUGAGCCCAUGUGGGAACAGGGGGAGGGAGGGAGGGAGGGAGGAUGAGCUAGACACAUGUUCAAACAGUGCCUUCAGCCGUAGUGACUUAAUCCUGGGUGUGGUGUUAGAGAAAGGACAGGCAGGGCGCUUCAUUUCCAUCAUAUUUAGGUGUCGCUGUAACAUGACUAACACAUUUGAACUGCACUCACUAACCAGGAAACGGGGGUUUAAUAAUGGGAGGAAGCGGGCCGAGCAGCAGAGGUCUGAAUCUCAAGCAGCUCCAGCGCAACAAUGGAUGGAGUCACGUUCACAGCCGGCAGCCACUCACCUGAAGUUUAAAGUUUCUCUCAGGAUCUUCACAUGAAACAUGAAAGUUAUGUAAAGCCAGUGCCUUUGUUUUCCUGCUCAGACCGCAGGUCACGUUGCAAUCCAAUAGCAUGUUCAAGUUCAGAUGUAAUUGCACUGAAUGAGUAAGGAUUGCUAACAGAUAACUCAAAAAGAAUUUAUGCAACAAAAGUCUUAUGUUUCUCCUCGACAGCAGCGACCACAAAUUGAACGACGCAGACGUAAAUUUAUUGCCCAAUCUUCACCAAUAAAUAUCCAUUACGAGUAAAAUGAGAAAACAGAGUGGAGUCAGUUAAUUUAGCAGAGCAGAUGCAUUCAGAGACAUGUGGAUCUUGGAAGCAGUCACCAGGACUCCAUAACUGCCGUAAUGCAUGUAAAACAGAUUAGAAAGAGCUUAUACCGAGGAGACUCUCUGUUUUCUACAGAGUAAAAUGCCAAACUUGCAACACCUCCUACGUUGCUUUAUUCAUGCUUUUUACAGAUUUCUGUCACAUAGUUUUGAGGAUCAGGACAGCCGAGUUAUACUUGAAGUCUGGAAGAACUAAAAAUCUUCCCACACUGCUGUGAAAUGUUACAACUUUCACAGGGAUUCUUGAAAGGUCAUUUAUGUAGAUAAAUCACAGUGGAAAAACUUCUGCCUUGAUGUCAAGCUGCAGCGUCCAUCGCAGAAAUAACAGAGAGAGAAUGGGUGAAUUAAGUAGUUAAAAAAUUAUCUAAACAGUCUAAAAUGAGAACAGCUGAUCUGACUGUAACCCGACUUCAUUCGAAGCAAACCGAGCUAGAGCUGGACAGACCUCUGCUCCUCAGCCUGUCAACAUGCAGUAGUUUAUCGUGCCUCCAUGCAGUUUUGGAAUAAUCAGACCACAAAGAGUUUUAUCCCAAAGUCACAAAGAGCAAUAAUUCAAUCUUCGUGAUUCACCCGACUUUCCUCGAGAAGCAAUUUAAGAAUAAGAAUGAAAAGCAACACAAAAAGUCUCUUUCUCCACGGGCAUCUUGCACAUUUUCUCUCCGCUGCCGUGGCAGGGCGAGUGCGUGGCGUCCUGAAACGCUCUGCUACUAACGUGUCUUAAACUGCACACGCAGACUGUGGAUAGUUUUAUUGAUAGUAACGGAGGAGCAGCUUCCUCAGAACAAACACAGCCGUCACAGCUUUGGUUCAGCCUCUCUUUCAUAGGUGUUUUUCAUGGUUACUUAAUGUUACUUUGUGUGGAUCACAGCUGAGAACAGGAGCCAGCCAAUCAGCCGUCAUCGCCAGUUCUCUUCCCCCCCAGGCUGUUGGAAAGUAAAAAGAGAAAUUUGAACAAGAGAGUUGCAAUGUUAAGUUGACUUGUGAUCUUUCAUAUUUAUUCACUCGCAUUCAUUGAGCGUUGAAAAGAACUCGUCUCUGUCCUCAGCUGUGAUUCCAUUUUGUUUAAUGAUCCAUCUGACUGCAUCAGCAUCGUUCCGUGUUUUACCUCUGCGUUCCCACAAACUACCUAAGACGCCUUCAUUUUAGUGCAUCACUCCCCAUCAAAGUCAAAACUUCCAGCUGUCGAGCCUUAAGAAGCAACACUUUCUGCUCUGAUAAGUGCUACCUUACUGCUUAAAAUCACUUCAAUCCUUGUAAAAAAAAAAAAAUCUGAUGUGAAUUUCUUCCUAAAUGUUCACAAAGCAGCUUUUUGACUUCUGAAGCGUCACAUCACCUCCUUAUUUUUCCACUCCUGCUUCUCCUUCUCGUCUUGCUGGUGUGACGGCGCUCCCGAAAGCCUUAGAGAGGAACUCUUCUCAGUUUAACGGUUUAUUUGUCCCACAUAAGUCUAAGAAUUAAUGUUUGAGUGCAUGAGAACGAAGUCACACCUUAAAGGUACAGUAUGUAUUUUGAAGCAGUGCUGUGUUUGAGCACUUGGUGGCAGCAGUGAGUUAGUCACUACACCAUCUUGUGGCAUGAAGUGGAAUUAUGAGAUGGAGGCUGCUUUUGGUGAGAAAUGUCAAAUACUGUAGCUUUAAUCCAUCUUUUCCGAAGCACCUUUAUAAACAUCAAGUUUUAGAUUUUGGACUACCUUCUGUCACAAACUGCAAGCAGUUUAUUUUUUCUGUUCAUGCUGAGGAUUUAAAACAACUUUCACUCAACUUCUAUUCCCGUAAAACUCUGAAAACCUUUAAGCUGAGACCAGUUCCCACUGAAAUCAACUGAAUUCCACUUUUCUUCCACUUUGUAGCUUUUCUAUUGUUGAUGAUGGAUUAUUUUGAUAAUGUAAGAAUGAUUACAAGUAUUAUAGAGAUAUUUUUCUUUGCUCUUUAUUGUUUCUCAGGAAACAUAACAGCAGCAAGCCUUGAAACUUCUCAGAAUUUUUAUUUCUUUUCUUUUUACAUAUUUUUACUUGACGGUUGAGUGCCAACAGUUGGAUGCGAGUGUCGUCGGCCUGGUUUUCACUAACAGAUUCUGAUAAUAAGCUCCAGAUGGCAGAAACAUAGAAAACUGGGUAAAUUGAAGCAAUAAUUACAGAUGUGGAAAAUCCUCCUCUGUACUGAAAGAUGAAUGUUGGAAGUGGCGGGUGUUUGAAAAUAAUAAAAUCUGUACUUGAA